UCAGUAGUACCGUUUUGUAGAUUAAGCGAGGCGAAGGCUGCGCAUCCUCUGAUGCAUUUGUGAUUCAGCUCUGAAACGCGUCAUUAUUGGCAAUUUCAAUCGUUUUAUUUCUGUGCUGCUUGUUUCGAUAUUUAAUUGUAUACCGAGAUGUUGUUAAUGAGUUCUGUUAUGUUAACAUUCUGUUAACUUGACAAAAGAAGAUACAAAUCUACUUUAUUUGUUUUCGUUUUUCGGUCAGUUCGGUCUGUUGUCGACAAGAUGCCCGGCGGAUUUAUUUCGCAGUUUUAAAGUUUGCAGUUAUUUGUGCCCCGGAAGUGUCGAUAACACCAAGUUUAAAAGGUUCAGACACUGCAGGGAGGAAGAUACAAAUGGAGACGCACAACUGCUGAGCUACUAGUUCUCCCUCGACCUUAUUCCUAUUACUGUCUCACUGCUGCUUACUGAAAACAGGAGAUGAGCUCAGAGGAAAAAAGUUCCAUCAUGUCGCAGAAGAUCUCGUCUCCAUCGCACAGCAACAGCAGUUCCUCCUCCAAACAUGACAGUAGACAGGACAACUGGGAGAUCGUGGAGGGCUUGCGUGGCGGUCUGUCAAAUGUGCCGGAGCCAGAGAAGCAGACGGGCUACAUGCUGAAGAAAAGAAAAUGGCCUAUGAAAGGUUGGCACAAGAGGUUCUUCUACUUAGACAAGGGCAUUCUGAAGUAUUCCAAAUGCCAAGCGGAUAUCGAGAAAGGAAAGCUCCACGGCUGCAUUGAUGUGGGGCUGUCCGUCAUGGCCAUUAAGAAGAAAGCCAAGUGCAUUGAUCUGGAUGCCGAAGAAAACAUUUAUCACCUAAAGAUCAAGUCCCAGGAGUUGUUUGAUGAAUGGGUCUCUAAGCUCCGUCACCACAGACUAUACAGGCAGAAUGAGAUUGCCAUGUUCCCUCAUGAGAAAACGGUCUUCCAUCCUCAUUACUCCCCCACCUCGUCCCCUACCACACCUGAGACUCAGUCUAUCAGAAAGCGGGCCUCUCUCGCGAGACAGUCCUCCUUUCAUUCGCCUGUAUCUUUUACAAGUCAGGCCAAGGUGACCGCUUGGCUGCAGUCUUCAGAAGACAUGGACAGGUGCACCAAAGAGCUCUCUGUAUGUGAGGCUCAGCUUCUCGAGCUGAAUCACUUGUUAAGAAGCAUGGAGGUGUUACACCGCACCUAUUCUGCUCCAGCCAUCAACGCUCUGCAGGCUUCAACGUACGACAGCCCUAAAAAAGAGAAACGACAUCCACGAAAAUGGCGUCCCAAGAGUUAUGGGAAAGACAACAAAACAACCCUACAAGUUCCAAGCUGUAUCUCUGCAGGGUCUAUGCGUCUCCACGCGUCCAAUCCUAACCUCUCUUCGGUCGAGCUGACCAAUGAGAAGAGUUACCACGAGCCACUGGAUCUACCUAUAGACGUAUCCAAACUCCAGGAAGACUUCUGCCGCGUCGCCAACAACUUUCAUGUAACCAUGAAGUCAGCCCUGAGUAUGCUGACAACAGAGAAAGAGAGAUUCAGACAGAUGUUGGAGCAUGAGUCCUGUCCAGCUCCGUCCGCCCAGCUCAUGGGAUUGAAGAAUGCCCUGGCUGCUGCUGUAACGCAGAAUGCUGAGCUGCGAGAGCGUCUGUGCAAGAUUCACGCCGAGUCGCACCUCCCCGAGCCCUCUGUACAUAUAAACCUCAGCCCUGGCCUCCUGCAGCAGCAAGACCCCAGCGAUGGUUCCCGCCCCCUUGUCCACCAGAUGUCCAAUGAGAGCAGAGCUUCCAUUACAGAGUCUCUCUCCGAGUUCUUUGACGCGCAGGAAGUGCUUCUGUCAGCUAGCUCUUCAGAAAACGAGGCUUCAGAAGAUGACUCAUAUAUCAGUGACAUCAGUGAUAAUGUGUCCAUGGAUAACUUCAGCAACGACGCGGAAAAUGAGAGGCUCAAUACAGGUUUUGUAGAGAAUGGUUGUUCUCUGGAACAGCGGAGGUUGUGUCUUCCCUCUCCCAGCCCCAACACCAGCAACAUCAGUCUGUGGCACAUCUUAAAGAACAACAUUGGAAAGGAUCUGUCAAAGGUGGCCAUGCCCGUUCAACUCAACGAACCCCUCAAUACACUGCAGAGACUGUGUGAGGAACUAGAGUACAGCGAACUACUCAACCGGGCCGCAAACACACAGGACCCGUUUGAGCGCAUGGUGUACAUCGCAACAUUUGCAGUGUCAGGCUAUGCUUCCAGUUACUAUAGAGCAGGAGGAAAACCCUUUAAUCCAGUGUUGGGUGAAACCUACGAGUGUGACCGACCAGACAAAGGCUUUCGUUUUGUGGCUGAACAGGUCAGCCAUCACCCUCCCAUAUCAGCGUGUCAUGCAGAGUCUAAAAACUUCAUCUUUUGGCAAGAUGUGCGGUGGAGGAAUAAAUUCUGGGGAAAGUCCAUGGAGAUUGUUCCUGUAGGAACUACUCAUGUGGUUCUCCCUGGCUUUGGCGAUCACUAUGAAUGGAACAAAGUGACUUCAUGCAUCCACAACAUUCUGAGCGGGCAGCGCUGGGUCGAGCACUACGGCGAAAUCUCCAUCAAAAACUCCAACAGUGAGAAGUGCCAGUGUAAAGUCACCUUCAUCAAGGCAAAGUACUGGAACUCCAGCAUGAAUGAGGUAGAGGGAUCUGUCACAGACCACAAAGGGAAGGUCGUACACAAGCUGUUUGGGAAAUGGCAUGAGGGCAUCUACUGUGGCACCCCACCCUCUGCUACCUGCAUCUGGAGGACGAACCCUAUGCCUCCUGACUAUGAGCAGUAUUAUGGUUUCACCAAGUUUGCUAUGGAGCUAAAUGAGCUGGACCCUGUUACCAAACCACUUCUUCCACCCACAGACACCAGGCUACGACUCGACCAGAGGUUACUGGAGGAGGGGAAUGUUGAAGCCGCAGAGAUGCAGAAACAGAGGAUCGAACAGCUGCAAAGAGAGAGACGCAGAGUCCUGGAGGAGAACCACAUGACACAUCAACCUCGAUUCUUCCAAAAAUCCAAAGAUGACAUCUGGAUGAGCAACAACACUUACUGGGACUUGCGGAAAGAUCCUGGAUUCAGCAGUCUCGACUGUCCGGUCCUCUGGUAACUCCAACAGUCAUCUGUGCUCACUGUCGCUUGUGUAUUUUCCGGCCAACUUUACAGCAUCAAGAGAAGGUGCACACCUCUUGUAAAGUAAAGACUGAUGAUGCUGAAAGAGGAAAUCAAUCAAACUGGCCUCAAAUGAGAAGGCGACAAAGAAAGGCCACACCAGAACUUUGACUCAGAAUGACAUCAUUUUAAAUCACUCCAAUCAUUAUUUAAUGUCCCAGCAAUUCAGUUGCCUUAAUAUGCUUAUAUGUAGUGUAUUUUAUGCAAUUGGAUUCAUUGAAGUUUGAGAGAGAUGCAAUCUUGACCCAGUUCACAUUCCUGUUUCAUUGUGCUUGACAGUAGCACAGGAAGGCAACAGAAAACUGCAAAUAACUAAACAACCCAAGCCUAAAACAUAUAACGUUUGUUUAUUUUGUAUAGUAUGUUGUUGUCAGAACAAAACUGCAUUGUCUACCUCUUUAAAGGAAAGUGUCGAUGAAUUUAUGAUGUAUAUUAUGAGUAUGAAUUCCACAUCUGUCUAAUGCCUUAUAUACUAUUAUAUUCUUAUAAUAGUCUUUGCUAGAACUUUUAAUCAAAUCAAAUGUAUCGUUACAAAGUAUUGUAAUUUUACGAAAGCCUUUUAUUCCGAGAUUCUUGAAUGAACAAGAUGUGACGUUUAAGGGUCCUGGAUUACUUUCAUUCAUCUUAACUUAUUCAGAAGACUGGCAGUGUUUUAAAGCUUCCAGACGGUUUGACCUGUAACCUGUGCUCAUUUCACUCUGAACCACGCAGUACAGUGAAAGUUGUUUGGGGGACGGGGUACUUGCGUGUUGAUCACUGCAGCGUUUCCUCUCUCCAUCAAUAAAGUCUCAUUUUAAA